UGUGGAAUUUAAACAGACACUCACUCACACACGCACACACAUAAAGCCACCUCUUAACAACAGCCAGCACUUGCUCUUACAACAAGCCAGCUGCAGUACAGAGAGGAGGCAAUGAGCAGCGGGGUGUGGUUUACUACAGUGGGGCUGGUGGCCUGGCUGUGCUGCCUCAGUCUGAGGCCCGUUCAGGGGGGGAAGGUGCUGGUUAUGCCUGUGGAUGGGAGCCACUGGCUUAGCAUGAAGAUACUGGUGAAGGAGCUCAGCCACAGGGGCCAUGAGGUCUUGGUACUGGUGCCUGAAAGCAGCCUGUUGAUCCACGGCUCAGAGAGCUACAAGACUGAGAUCUACCAAGUGUCCUAUACCAAAGCUGAACUGGAUGAAAGUUUCAGCAACCUGAAGGAUAGCCUGUUCCUCAAGCCACCAGAAAUCACAGAUUUGUUUAUCAAUGUGCAGCGUUUGGUUAACUUUACUUCAAUUCAGGUGAAAGGUUGCGAGAGUUUGCUGAACAACCAGCCUCUGAUGAGUCGACUGAGGGGAGAGGGCUUCGAUCUUGUGCUUACAGACCCCUUCCUUCCCUGCGGCUCCAUCCUGGCUCAUGUCUUUUCCAUUCCAGCUGUUUAUUUCCUGCGUGGACUUCCAUGUGAGCUGGAUACAAAGGCUAACCAGUGCCCCUCUCCUCCUUCCUAUGUUCCUGUGUUCUUUUCUGGAAAUACAAACAUCAUGACCUUCCCACAGAGAGUCAAAAACAUGGUCAUGUCUAUUGUGGAGUCCUACAUGUGCAGAAUAAUCUUUGGCCACUUUGACGAUCUGGUCAGCAGGCAUUUCGGAGACAACAUGACCUACAAGAACCUUCUUAGUCAUGGUGCUAUCUGGCUUCUGAGAUAUGAUUUUGUUUUUGAAUGGCCCAAACCUCUCUUGCCAAAUAUGGUUUUUAUUGGAGGUAUCAAUUGUGCAAAGAAAGCUCCUCUGCCAGCGGACUUGAAGGAGUUUGUGGAUGGCUCAGGAGACGACGGCUUUAUUGUCUUUACCCUGGGCUCAAUGGUGUCCACCAUGCCUGAGGAGAUAGCUAAACAGUUCUUUGAUGCCUUCCGGCAAAUUCCUCAAAGGGUUGUGUGGAGAUACACUGGAGUCCUACCUGAAGAUGUACCCAAGAACGUUAGACUUAUGAAAUGGUUACCUCAGAAUGACCUCCUAGCCCAUCCCAAAGCCAAAGUCUUCAUCACUCACGGAGGUACCCACGGUAUCUAUGAGGGUAUCUGUAAUGCUGUACCCAUGUUGAUGUUUCCACUGUUUGGGGACCAGGGGGACAACGUACAUCGCAUGGUGGCCCGCGGUGUUGCAGAGAAACUCGGCAUUUAUGAUGUGACGACUGAAAACCUAUUGGCUGCACUAAAUAAAAUCAUCCAUGACAAAAGUUACAAAGAGAAGAUAGUGACGCUGUCUCAAAUACACCUGGACCGUCCGGUUCAACCUUUGGAAAUGGCUGUUUUCUGGACUGAGUUCGUCAUGAGACACAAAGGAGCUGCACACCUAAGGAUUGGAAGAUGAUGAAAUGAGGACUGACUGCAGAAGAUCCCUACCUGCCCUCAUCAAUGGUUCAAUUGCAAAUCCACCUGAGCCAUUCAUGUUUCUGGAAAAUGUUGAGACCAACACGUUCAAAUUACAUGAGAGUAAUUUAUAAGGCCAUCUGCCUCAUCAUGAUGGCCACACAAAACGUUUUUCUGUGGCUACUGAGAAAGUGUAAUCUUUCAUAACCAAUCCUGAUCCAACUUCACGUAACAUUGGAAACAUCAAAGCAUGUUUCAUCUCCACCUAUUCAAAGGACUUGUGGGAGUGCAUCUGCACUUAUAACCCUCUAAGAAAUAUGACACCAUCUACAAACCGUCACAUAUCUGCUCAUAACCCUACAUAAGCAUAAUUUCCUCCAUUGCAACCAUAGUAACGUGCCGUGCUGCUGGAAAACACAUGUAUUGUGAAUGUCACCUUCAUCUGUAAGGUAAUGUGUACUGUAUACUGCUCUGUCUGACUGCAUGUGAGGACCAAACAACCGCUCCCUGAGAGUGCAAAAACAUGAGAAACCACCAUGGAAACUCUCAAUAACCUAGAAUGUUUUCUAAGUGCUGCAAGAUUUUUUGUUGAGAUCCUAAUUGACAAGUUCUUCUCCAUAAGACUCAGUGGUAAGCAAUAACAAUGGCAAAUGUCUUCAGCUUCACAAUAAAAGUCAAGUGGACUGUA